GUCGGGCCUCCCACUGUUCCUUGGCAGGUUCGCCACGCGCUUCGAGCCGCCGAAGGGGCCGAGUGUGGCGAGCUCAUCCUCUUCGUCUGCGUCCCAGAGCUUGCAGCCGCAGCCGCCGAAGGGCGUGCUGAGGAAGCGCCGAUCGCGAGGCCAAGGCGAAGCAGGCGAACACCAGCAGUACAAGACGAAGAAGGCCAAGACGGUCAGCUUCGCUUUCGAGGAGCGCCUGGCCACGCAGCGCUUCAAGGAGCCCGAGCUGUACUGCUCGCGCCUCAAGAUCGGGCCGUGGUUCGCCACGUGCGAGCGCUGCUACCGCGUGAAGCCGUACGGCAAGGGGAUCCACUUCGGCAAGGUCUAUUGCUCGCUGUUCGCCCAGCCGCAGUGGCUCUGCCAGGAGUGCAAGGACAAGUUCCCUGACCAGCGCUGGAUUUCCACCAGGGAGGUUCCUGGCCUUCUAGGCCUCUAG